AUGCCCUCCCUACAAGGUAUGGUAUUAAUGACCGAAUAAAGACUAUUCCCCUGAGUGUAGCAUAUGUUUGCAUGAGUACGAGUCUACUCUUCAUGAUCUGAGAGAUUGUAAGCAUGCCAAAGCAAUUUGGGAGAAGAGUGCUUUUGCUUUUGUGGCUAACUCGAACAUAGUCUCUUUGAUUGAUUGGUGGAUGAGCUGUUUUGCCGAGUUGGAUUCUAAUGAUGUAGCUGAUGUGGUCACGCUUUGCUGGGCCAUUUGGGGAGCACACAACUCUCUGGUGGUGGAGAAUGAGAGUAAGGAUCUAGCUCAAGUGGUGAGCUAUGCCUCGAAGACUUGUGAGGAAGUCAGAGCUGAGAACUCGAAGAUUUUGAGUGGUGGACCUGCUGCUGGGAGCACUUAUAAGACUGUAUGGUUUGCUCCUCUUAGGGGCUUUUGUAAGGUCAAUGUGGAUGCGGGGGGAGUUGGUGAAUUUGGAGCUGGUCUUGGGGAAGCAGUGAGGGACGAUGAGGGCAGAGUCAGAGCUUGUAAGGUUGCUCAAUCACAUGACUGUUAGGAGAUAAGUGUGGAUGAAGUUAAAGCUAUUGUGUUGGGGUUGGAAUUGGCUAGAGACUUGGGGCUGCGAAGAUUUAUCUUGGAGAGUGACUUCCUUCCUAUCAUUUAAGCAUUACGAGAUAAGUCACAGGGUGCUGGUGAGUUGUUUUUAAUUUUUGAUGAUAUUGUUGAUUUUAGUAGUUGUUUUGAUUUGGUUAAGUGGUCUUUUGUUAAAAGAGGGGGAAAUACGUUAGCUCAUGCUAUUGCCCAUUCUCAACCUUGGGAAUGUGGAGAACGUAUGUGGCAAGAUGAAAUCCGUUCUCGGUUUGUAGAACUUGCUUUGGCUGAUUUCAGUAAUUAAGUUUAGCCCUUUGAGGGUUUGUUUAAAAAAUUAAAAUAACCUAAUUUAACUUAUUUCCUCACCAUUGUACAACCUUAAUCUACAUCAUUCACUAGACCCAGCCAACUCCAAUCAUGUCGGUGUUCAAAACUGCCUUCAAGGACUACUCCGUCAAAUUCAUCCCCUUCUUCAAACACCGCUUAGCCGUCGCCACCACCCAAAACUUCGACAAGCACGACAAUGGCUGCCUCCACAUCCUCGACCUCUCCCCCACCCCAUCAUCUCCAAACUCACCUUCUUCAAUGCCACCGACUGCAUCAACGACGUCGCCUGAUCCAAAUCCGACAACAACCUCCUCAUCGACGCCUUUGCCGACGGCUCCCUCAAACUGUACAGCACCUCUUUCCCCUCAACAAGACCCUUAUCACCCUCUCUCUGGACACACCAAUGAAGCUUAUUCCGUCGAUUGGAGCCCAAUUCGCAGUAAUUCCAUCAUCUCAAUCUCUUUCGAUCAUACAAUCAAGCUUUGGACUAUUGAUCGUCCUACCAGUGUGAGCACCUUCAAGGGACAAGAUUAUUGUGUUUAUAAUGUUUCUUGGAAUCCCCUGCUUGCCAAUGUUUUUGCCUCGGCUUCCAGGGAUUACACGGUUCGGUGUUGUGAUGUUCGAAACUCGCGCUUUACUAUGACCAUACUUGCUAGUAGUAAUAAUCGUGAGAUUUCGUCUUGUGAUUGGAAUACAUUUGAUGAUUGUUUGCUGGCCACUGGGGCGAUAGAUAAUAUGGUUCGGGUUUGGGAUGUGAGGAGUAUUAGGACUCUCAUUGGUGUUCUUGUUGGUCAUAAGUAUGCUGUAAUGAAGGUUAAAUUUUUGCCACAUCGCCAGAACAUGGUUAUGAGUCUCUCUUUAGAUAGGAAGGUUUGUAUCUGGGAUUUUACGGUGGAGGAUGCUUUAAUUGAGAAGUAUGAUCGUCAUACUCAUUACCCAGCCGGGAUCGAUAUGAGUGUUCUUGAUGAAGGGUUGUUGGCUAGUAAUGGUUGGGAUGGGAUGACUUAGGUUUGGCAACAUAGAACUGAUCCUAGAGUAGAAGGAGGUAUGUUGUAAUUGCUUGGGUUGAGAAUUUUAUGUCUAAAUGUUGAUAUAUUAAGUGUUUAAUAAAAUCAUCUAACCCAACUUUUUUUUUUGGAUGUAAUUGGAAUGAGUUAAUCAUGCAUUUACCCUUUUUUGUUUGUCCAAUGAUCUUUAUUUAUAAAACAUGAUGUGUAUAAUGUAUAUGGAUGCAAAUGGAAUGUAAGCUAUGAUUGUUACGAAAAAUGGUAGCUAAUAAAUUGUUGAUAGUGGUGGGUAUUGUUUAUGUAAUGUUGGAAAUCUUUACUAUUAUGCUGAAUUGUUGAGUUAUAAGUUUUACUUGUUGUACCUUUGGAACUAGUUUGGACACUCUUUAUCCUUGCCAAAUUCUU